GGCUCCCAGAAUGCACUGCGCCGUGUCAACUGACAGUGUGCGGUCUGUUGUUGCUGAUCUUGGAUUUCUCGCGACCCGAGGGGAGCUUGAUCAUUUAUACCACGCGUGUAAUUAUUGAGUUGGACGCUUGCGUUGAGCUCGUGCAGACCAUGAGCGGGAUGAGGACCGCCCUGGCCUCGAUCGGGGUGUUUGGGCUUGUUGGUGUGGGCUACGGCAUGUGGGCCAUAAUUUCACCUGGAGAAGACAGGAAAAGGGAAAUGUUAAAGAAUCUGCCAGAGGCCAAUCCCGUCCGGAUGGAGGAGACCAGAAAGAGAAACGCCCUCGUGCUUCAGGCUCUGAAGGAUGCUGCCGAGACGAAUGAAAACAUUGCACGUGGAUACGGUGGCGAGAAAUGAAGGCAUGCGUUUGCACAAAUAUCAGACUCUCAUAUGCCAUUAGCAAUCUGUACAUGCAUAGGAGUUUAAACAGGAAGCCAGUGACUUGUUAAAAAAAUAAAUGAUCUGCAGAUGCUCCAUGUCAUCACUUGAUGAACACUGCCAUGAAUGGUACAUUCUGUAAAAUUUGCUUUGAUUGUGAUUUCCUUGCUGGAAUAUUAAUCUUGAAAUAGCAGCUGUGUUGCGGACCAGUUUAUGAUUUGCUAGUAGCUGGUUUAUGGCUGGUCCAAAAUGGAUCACAUUGUUUAUAUAUUGAUAUAAAUGUUUCUGGAGAUUGUAUCGCAAAUAAAACUUUAAACAUG